AUGAUAGCGAACGAAACAACGGAUGUCUCAGCCAAAUCUCAGAUGGUUGUAAUUUUUAGAUACAUUCAAAAUGGAGAUCCCGUAGAACGGGUUUGGACUUAUUUGGAGCCACAAAAUUUAACUGCAGAGAGUUUGACUGCUGGUAUUCUCAGUGUAUUGGACCCUAUUUUAGAAAACUCGAAAGAAAAGUUAAUAGCCCAAAGUUACGACGGAGCCACGGUAAUAAGCGGUAGAAAUACUGGUGUUCAGGCACGAAUCAAAGAAAAGUACAACUUCGCUCAUUUUGUACAGUGCUAUGCGCAUCAGCUAAAUUUAAUCAUGUCUAAGGCAGCAUCUGAAAGUCCCCAAGUUCGACUCUUUUUUGGAAAUCUUCAAGAAUUACCUUCUUUUUUAAAAAUUCUCCGCAACGCGUAG